GGGGACCAAAGUCUUUCAGUAGGCUACUUCGAUGUUCCCACACGUAGAAGAAAUAAAACUUUCCUUUUCUAGGCUUUCUUGAGUCUUCAAUUUACCUAACUUUUCUGUCUGUCCCUUCCAUCGGUUGGUGCUUAAGAGAGACAGAGAGAGAGAGAGAGAGAGAGAGAGACGUCUAAGGACGCGCUCUCCUCGUGCCUGCGGGAUGAAGACUCAUUGGUUUUCAGCACUGGACAGCACUCCUUGUCAACGGGAGAGAGAUCCGAGCAAAUCGCACCGUCAUUUGCGUGGUAUUGCACUGGACGUCGACCGCACUUACCCUACUCAUCACUUCCCUGAACCGACGAUCUGACUCUCGCGUUGUGUACUUUUUUUUUUACCGAUCCAGCUUUCUUCACUUGGGUCUCUUAUGACAGGAGCUCGUGAUUGGGAAGGAGACACGUUUUUACGCACAGUGAUUUAUUCUUAAAGACGCAUUUUACACGUGUUCUCUGGUUCGUGAAAUGCAGACAGGGCUGUGAAAUGUUUGAUCUUGUAAACACUCAUUUCUGCUGGAGAGAGUGAUAUAGCUUGCCAACAAGCCAUGACUUUCCAUGACUGUCCAACGGUUGGUUGUUUUUCACGGUACCUGUUGGAUUGACCUCCAGGACUACCCUUUUUCUCAGGCUGCUCUCUAUUUUGUUGAGAAUUUAUGGCGUGCUGUUGUCCAACCUCGCAAGGGUACAAUUCCACCAUGGAAGGCCAGUUGUAACGGAGGUCAACGCAGCUGCUGUGGACGACGUGAUACAUCUACGGCACUAUGUUUUCUUGUAACACCAGUGCAAUCACGGACUGGAGUUAUUUUCUAUCGCAGAUACUGCCGCUUAUGAACAAGUCGACAGGUUUUGUUCAUAAUAGCAUUGAAAAAGUGGAAGCAGUCACGAACCCCAUGGUGACCGCGUUGGAACCCGACCUCGCCGGGAUGAGCGCAAGCCACCCGCCCCUGGACACAAACCACACGUCCGGGCUGGAACAUGUCUUUCAGUACUCGUACUCCGAAAACAACCACCUAUAUACGGACUACAGAACGCCGCCCAAAGACUCGAUCCCUCUGCCCAAAGCGGUCUUAUACUUAGUCAUGGCUGCAUUAGUGGUAGUGGCGGUGGCUUAUGCCAUCGUUGGGCACCUUGUCAAAGAUCUGGUCCAUGAAUUUGUUGACUGGGUUUUUGGUUCUCGUUCAGUCAGGGCGAACAGCACCAAGAGUGACAUCCACUGCAUCACCAACACCGUGAAUGAGAUGAGUGAUCUGCCACAAAUUGUGGAAACAAACUUCAUUUCCCAUGACCACCCAAAUUGCUCAGGUGCCAUCAAGGACGAGGAGAUUGUGGUGACCAUUGAUGAGACGUUGCAACUACCUCGUGAAGUCUACAGCGGGACCUAGCUUUUGGAAUGCCACCAAUUGCCAGUCCACCUUGAGGCAAGGGAAUUUGCACUGCAGCAAGUCUACUUGUGUUUAAUUAACAAGAGAUGUUGCCUGGUCUCGUUUGCAGUCAGUGCAACAUGACCUGGCUGUUGCUUGUGAUGUAAUCACAAGAUGUUUUGUCAGGAAAAGGUUUUCUUAAAACGAUCCGGAAGAGACAGAAUAUCCGCGACUGGUUGCACCCAGAUUUGAUGCUCUUUGAUCUUUUGAUCAAAUCCGAUUAAAUGCCCUUUUCUGACGCUUGAUCUUGCAACCGAAACAGCUACGAAAGAACAGUGACACAGUCUCAAUUUUAGUCAACACAUUUUGUGGAUGACAUUUUGAAUCUAUGUAUGGACAGCAAAAAAACACUUGUUACAUGACGGGAUUCUGUCUUUUCCCUUCUACACACUCUGAGUCUUUGUCUUUUCAUGUGCAACAUGCUAUUGAAUCAUGUUAUUUUUUUCCUUAUUACAUGUUUCAAACUGAUGAAGAUCCAGCACAUCUUGGGCAUUGUGUCAAAGUAAGAGCCACCUGAUGUUUUAGUCAUGUUGCAUUCGCAGACCCAAGGUCACCCAUGUUACAUUUUUGUCCUGCCACAAGCAUCCUUAUCCACAAGGGGGAAGUAUUGCACAAUUGAGCAAUCACUUACACAUACUGUACUGUAAAUACACAUUGAAAAUACUGUCUUUCAGUUCUCUUCUCUCUCUCUCUCUCUCUCUCUAUCAGUUAAACAUGUGCCAGUGUGAUCUGAAAAUUGGUGUUUUGUUUUCCCGUUUCCAUAUGUGUGUUUGCAUUUAGCUAUGAAAACAUGUGGCUCCUCAACGCACCUCAACACCCCCCGCCCUCUCUCUCUCUCACACACACACACACACACACACUUCAGUAUUUACCUCUUAAAGAUAAGGGCUAUGCGCCAGUACUGUGUAGCGAUUUAGUGUGUCUGUACAUUGACUCCUUUUAGGGACAGAGAAUCGGAGUGCUCUAACACACCCAGCCAACCCAUUCAUGAGAUGCAGAUUGUUAUGACUUUCAGUGCAGUAUUUCAGUGAAAUGCACACAUAAGGUAAACUUAUUUCGACGUGAUUUGAAAAAGAAAAUAUCAGUGUUAGGCCACAAAUGAAAGAAAACAUUCUUAAAUGUUGAAAGUACAAUCAUUAGAGUUAAAGUUUCUAUUUUAUGACUUACUAUGACUUAACGUAGCACUUUUCUAAGACCUGAAAUGACUUUAAAGGCACAUCUAUGAAAUAUAAAAAGAUUCCACUGUUUCUCUCAAAUGUUGAAAGGUUGAGGUGUUACUGAGAGAAAAAUGAAGUGGCGCUACACAAAUAAAACUGAAUUGAAUUGAUUCCAUGAACUGUACAUUUAUACUACUCUUUGUGCCUGGUGUCCAACAUUUCUCUAUGGCACUUGCUCCUGCUUCCUUCUGUAGUUUUGCAGUGUCUGAAAUCCAAAUAAAGCGCAAAUCAUGCAGCAAAAUUGCACUGUGUGAUUUAAAUGACAAAAUCUCAUAAUAGCUGUUCCAUUCUGUAUCCAGAUUAUGAGUUUCACAGCAUUGCUGUUGGGAAAGUUGUCAGAGAAUACUGUGGCAGUAGAGUUUGGUCAGAUCUCAACAGUGUGCUUGCAGGGUCAUAUUAGAGGGGCAAUGCCACCAUCUGUGAGCUUUGCUUUGGCAGAAUCUGUCACGAUACCACUUCUGUUCAGACAAGACUACAGAUCAGACUAAAACGGCCCCUGCUCCAGGUCAGUGGGCUGUCACACCCUCAGCCAUGUACACAUCCCUGACACAUGCCAGAGCUGAAAGUAUUUGCAAUUUAAGUGAAAUGAAACAUUUUCUUAACCUUCGGAAAAUCCUGGAAUUUCACAUUUCAAUCUGACCCCCCCACCACAUACAGUUCACAUUUCACACGAGAACACGGCAAUAUUUUAUUUAAUUUCACACAAGAACACGGCAAUAUUUUAUUUAAUUUUACACGAGAACACGGCGAUAUUUGUAUUUCUUAUAAUUUGUUUGAUGUGGUCUAUAUCUGGCUUUAAGGAUAGGUCUACAAUGAUUGGCAUCUCUUCGUCCAUGGAAAUUGGAACAACUGCUUCUGUUUGAUGAGAGAAAGAAGAAAUGAGGUAGAGAAAAGGUCUGACUAGUCUCAACCCAGUAGCAGAUCAAACCUGUAUAGCUAGAAAACAGAUUAUAUAAGCGCUCUUUCUUUAAAAUGAACUGCUAUUUCCACAGGAUUAAUAGGAACAGAUAUCACCUUUUCAGAGGCAACGCUGAAAAUGGAACUGAUAUAACAAAACAAAUACCAAACCUGAUUAUCUCUGUUUGUUUGGGAGCACCAUUGUUCAGUGUGAACUACUUAGAAAACGUUUGACAAAGUGUUGCCAAGUUUCUUUUGUAAGGUUGUUGUGCAAUGCUUGUGUAAGUGGACUUCAAUCAGCAGGCAAAUGCAAACAUAACAAAAGGCUGGGGAGAAUGGUCAGCGUGGUUUAUUCCUCUAGUGAACUCUGCGUGGUCUGCAUUGGCCAGCACUGGAAUUGCUCAGAAGUACAAACCCAACGCUAUUGAAGAACAAUGGCAACGCUAUUCAGUGCUCUAUGGCAUCUCCUGGGUGCAUGGGUAGAUGUGCAGGGCAUCCUGGUGUUCCUGUGUGCCUUGAUCCUAGUCAAAUACGUGAGAGAUUUUCCCCAUAAGGACCUCCCACCUGGACCCUUCCCUUUGCCCAUUGUUGGGAAUCUGUUUAGCAUUGGGCUGAAGGAUCCUUUGGCAGGUUUUAGAAAGAUUGUAGAGACAUAUGGGCAUGUGUCCUUGGUUGACAUUGGAGGUUACCAAUGUAUUCUCCUCUCUGGGUACAAAGGAUUCAAGGAGGCAUUUGUGGAGCAGGCUGACCUCUUUGCAGAUCGUCCCAACUACCCUCUCAACAACAAGCUCUGCAAAGGCCUCGGUAUCAUUUCUUCCAGUGGUCCCAUGUGGAAGCACCAGAGGCGCUUUGCUCUGUCCACCCUCAAGUACUUUGGCGUGGGGAAGAAAACCCUGGAGAAUUCCAUCCAACGUGAGAGCCAGUGGCUCUGUGAUGCUAUCCAGGCAGAGGGAGGUUUGCCUUUCAAUCCACACUGUGUUCUGACCAACGCCGUGGCAAAUAUAAUCUGUUCAUUAGUGUUCGGGCAUCGGUUUGAGUAUGAUGACCACAACUUCCACGACAUGCUGAAAUGUUCAGAUGAAGUCUUCCAGCUGCCUGCAACCAUCUGGGGUCGACUGUAUAACCAGUGUCCUACACUGAUGCAAUUUCUGCCAGGAAGGCAUCAGUCAGCCUUUUCCAACCUGACCAGAAUCAAGCAGUUUAUCAAGCAGGAAGUGGAGAGGCACAGGGAGGACCGGAGCCCGGCGAACCCCAGAGACUACAUCGACUGCUACCUGGAGGAAAUCGAGAAGUGUACUGACCCAUCCGCUGGUUUUACGGAGGAGAAUCUGCUGUACUGCGUGGUGGAUCUGUUUGGAGCCGGCACAGAGACCACCGCUAACAGCUUGAGAUGGGCCGUCCUGUUCAUGGCCAACCACCCAUCUGUUCAAGAAAAGGUGCAUGCGGAGAUUGAUCGAGUGAUUGGCCACUCUCGCCAGCCCUCCAUGGACGACCGAAUGGACAUGCCGUAUACUUACGCCGUGGUGCACGAGAUUCAGCGGUGUGGCAACAUCGUCCCCUUCACGCCUCCCAGGGUGUCUAAUAAGGACACCACUGUCGCAGGGUGUCAGAUUCCGAAGGGAAUGAUGGUGCUCCCAAUGCUCAAGCCAAUUCUCUAUGACGUUAAUGAGUACAGCCACCCAGAGGAGUUCAACCCAGGCCAUUUCCUUGAUGGAGAUGGCAACUUUAUGAAAAGAGAUAACUUCAUACCCUUCUCAAUAGGAAAGAGAGCGUGCCCGGGUGAACAGCUGGCCAGGAUGGAACUCUUGGUCUUCUUCACCUCUCUCAUGCAGCACUUUCACUUCCAGACCCUGGAGGGCCAGACGCUCAGGGUGGAGGGAACAGUGGGGAUCACCUCUGGGCCAAAGCCCUUCAAGAUACGCGCCAUAGCAAGAUGAUGGCACCACUGGCUCAUCCAUAUACCAGGAGGAAGGACAUACAGUAUUACUGACGUGAAUUGUUGUGAAAAGAACUGAUAUUCACUACAGUUGCAUAUUGCACUGAUAUGAAUUGUUACUAAUGUCGAUGCUGCUGCGUAGUGUGAGUGAUGUUUGUUAUCUUGUUGUUGCUGUCUUUUUUACAUAGUGUGGUUGUGGAUGAAUUAAAAACAAAUGAUGCUGUCAACAUUUUCUGACCUCCUAUUAGAAAAAGUCAAAUGGAACGCCACUUAAAGUCAGAGUUCCUACUUGUAUCUAAUCCAUGAAUCUGAACUUUUCCCAGAUUUCAGAACUGUGAAAUUUCAAGUCAGAAAUAUCGAUCUUCCAAGUUGUCUGAUACGUAGCGUAAAACCUCCAUGGUCAAAACAAACCCUCUCGGUACCACUUCUGUUGAGGUUUAUCCAACACUGCAUGCAUUCUAUCUCCCUUUCCUUUCUGACACCUUACCGUCAACGCCACAACUCUCAGUGCUUUAUAGCACACUUUGUGAUUAAUAGAACACUACUGACUGUGCUAAUUAAGGUCAUUACAAUUGUACACUGACUGUAAGCUGCAGUGGAGGAGCAGGGACAGGGAGAGAUGGAAAACCCAUUGGAUCCCCCAGAGGGGAAGGUCUGCUCAACCCAAUAUCAACAUCAUGGGUGAGUGAUUAUGCAUAUGCUGCUUUUUAAGUGUUUGUGCCCAGUCAUUCUGCUGUAAGUUGGUUGGAGGUUAUAAGAUAAGACUUGUUUGUCAUGAGCCUGAAUAACCAAAACAUUUGUUUAAAGUGCCAGUUUGUCAUUAAACUGGCCCCCCAAAUAUUCAAAAAUGGCAAAGAAAGGUAGUGCAGAGGUGAGAUGAUCUAAACCUGGAAACCACUGGAAAACACUUACUUGUCUUGCACUUGUCUAAUCCUCUUUUGAGCCAUCACUUACUGUAUGUGAAAGUUGUAGAAUACCAUGGAAUUAUGAAAUACCAAUUGAAUAAAGCAGAUUUAAUGAUUGGUCA